UGACGGGCACAAAAACCAGCCAGUGAGAGCUGGAGGCAUCCUCCCUGCGGCCAAUGGAGUGGGGCUCUGGGCGGGCCCUCGAGUGUUUGUGUUGUGGUUUUGGGGGAGGGAGGCGGAGGGGAAAGUUUGUUUAUUUUGUUUUUAGUUUCUGGGGUCCCCGUGCUUCAGGAAGGUGAAGCGGGAGGGAGUGAACCCCGGCGCCCCUCAGUCCCCUUGCGACGUCGCCUCCAUAGCCUGCGGAGAAGCGGGGACCGCGCGCAUCGCCUCGCCUCACAGAGGAACACCGCGCACUCGGAGCCGGCGCGGCUCGGCGGGUUUUGGUUUUUUGCACUGAAAGUAACCUAGACUUACCGUCUCAGGCUUGUGUUGCCCCAGGAUACUGUCAAAGGCAGUAUUUGUGUGUUUCUGCAGAGUUUUGCACAGAAUCUGGUCCCAUGCAAACCAAUGAGGGAGAAGUAUCGGAGGAAAGCAGCUCCAAGGUGGAACAGGAGGAUUUUGUAAUGGAAGGGCAUGGCAAGACUCCACCUCCUGGUGAAGAAAGCAAACAAGAGAAGGAGCAAGAAAGGGAAGAACAGUUAAUGGAAGACAAGAAAAGGAAGAAAGAGGAUAAAAAGAAAAAAGAAGCCACUCAGAAGGUCACGGAACAAAAAACCAAAGUGCCCGAAGUGACGAAACCAAGUUUAAGCCAACCAACGGCCGCCAGCCCGAUUGGCAGCUCUCCAUCGCCACCAGUCAAUGGUGGCAACAAUGCCAAAAGGGUGGCAGUGCCGAACGGACAACCGCCAAGCGCCGCCCGCUACAUGCCUCGGGAGGUGCCACCGCGAUUCCGUUGCCAGCAGGACCACAAAGUGUUACUGAAACGUGGACAGCCCCCUCCACCGUCCUGCAUGCUCCUUGGGGGCGGGGCGGGGCCUCCUCCCUGCACAGCACCUGGAGCAAACCCAAACAACGCACAAGUGUCAGGAACCCUGCUGCAGAGCGAGAGUGGGACUGCACCAGAGUCAACCCUUGGAGGUGCUGCUGCUUCAAAUUAUGCAAAUUCCACUUGGGGCCCGGGAGCCUCCUCCAACAACGGCACCUCCCCCAACCCAGUUCACAUCUGGGACAAGGUGAUUGUAGACGGGUCUAACAUGGAAGAGUGGCCUUGUAUUGCCAGCAAAGACACUGAAUCUUCUUCCGAAAACACCACCGAUAACAACAGUGCCUCGAACCCUGGCUCUGAGAAGAGCACUCUGCCAGGAAGCACCACUAGUAACAAAGGCAAAGGGAGCCAGUGCCAGUCUGCAAGUUCUGGGAACGAAUGUAAUCUUGGGGUCUGGAAAUCUGACCCUAAGGCUAAAUCUGUUCAAUCUUCCAACUCUACUGCGGAGAGCAACAAUGGACUAGGUAAUUGGAGGAAUGUGAGUGGUCAGGAUAGAAUUGGACCUGGCUCUGGCUUCAGCAACUUUAACCCAAAUAGCAACCCAUCUGCCUGGCCAGCACUGGUCCAAGAAGGAACUUCUAGGAAAGGAGCAUUGGAAACAGAUAAUAGUAAUUCCAGUGCACAGGUUAGCACAGUAGGUCAGGCAUCCAGGGAACAGCAGUCAAAGAUGGAAAAUGCGGGUGUUAAUUUUGUUGUCUCUGGCAGAGAACAGGCUCAAAUUCAUAACACUGAUGGACCAAAAAAUGGAAACACUAACUCCUUGAACUUAAGUUCACCAAACCCCAUGGAGAAUAAGGGAAUGCCUUUUGGAAUGGGCUUGGGGAACACCUCCAGGAGCACUGAUGCCCCUUCACAAAGCACUGGAGAUCGAAAGACUGGGAGUGUUGGAUCUUGGGGUGCAGCUAGGGGGCCUUCUGGAACUGACACAGUCUCUGGACAAAGCAAUUCUGGAAAUAAUGGGAACAAUGGAAAAGAUAGAGAGGACUCCUGGAAAGGAGCUUCUGUUCAGAAAUCAGCUGGGUCGAAAAAUGACUCUUGGGACAACAAUAAUAGGUCUACGGGUGGGUCCUGGAACUUUGGCCCUCAGGACUCUAAUGACAACAAAUGGGGUGAAGGGAACAAAAUGACAUCUGGGGUCUCUCAGGGAGAAUGGAAACAGCCCACUGGGUCUGAUGAGUUGAAAAUUGGAGAAUGGAGUGGUCCAAACCAACCAAAUUCUAGCACUGGAGCAUGGGACAAUCAAAAGGGCCACCCCCUCCCUGAAAACCAAGGCAAUGCCCAGGCUCCCUGUUGGGGAAGAUCUUCCAGCUCCACAGGAAGUGAAGUUGGAGGUCAGAGCACUGGAAGCAACCAUAAAGCAGGAAGUAGUGAUAGUCAUAAUUCUGGCCGUCGGUCAUACAGGCCUACACAUCCUGAUUGCCAGGCUGUCUUGCAGACUCUUUUGAGCCGAACUGAUUUGGACCCUAGGGUGCUCUCAAACACUGGCUGGGGCCAAACUCAAAUUAAGCAGGACACAGUGUGGGAUAUCGAAGAGGUGCCAAGGCCUGAGGGGAAAUCUGACAAAGGAACUGAGGGGUGGGAGAGCGCUGCCACACAGACCAAGAACUCAGGGGGCUGGGGAGACGCACCCAGCCAAAGCAAUCAAAUGAAGUCUGGAUGGGGGGAGCUCUCAGCCUCGACAGAGUGGAAAGACCCCAAGAACACAGGAGGCUGGAAUGACUAUAAGAACAAUAAUUCUUCCAACUGGGGAGGAGGACGACCAGAUGAAAAGACACCUUCCUCUUGGAAUGAGAAUCCCAGCAAGGACCAGGGGUGGGGAGGUGGACGCCAGCCUAAUCAAGGAUGGACUUCUGGGAAGAAUGGUUGGGGAGAGGAAGUUGAUCAGGCGAAAAACAGCAAUUGGGAAAGUUCUGCAAGUAAGCCUGUGGCCGGGUGGGGUGAAGGAGGGCAGAAUGAAAUCGGAACUUGGGGUAAUGGUGGGAAUGCAAGCCUAGCUUCAAAAGGUGGGUGGGAAGAUUGCAAAAGAUCCCCUGCAUGGAAUGAGACAGGCAGGCAGCCCAAUUCCUGGAAUAAACAGCACCAACAGCAGCAGUCACAGCAGCCACCGCCACCACAGCCAGAGGCUUCCAGUUCGUGGGGAGGCCCACCCCCACCACCUCCAGGCAGUGUUCGACCUUCCAAUUCCAGCUGGAGCAGCGGGCCCCAGCCUGCGACCCCUAAGGAUGAGGAACCCAGCGGUUGGGAAGAGCCGUCCCCGCAGUCAAUUAGUCGGAAAAUGGACAUCGACGAUGGCACUUCUGCAUGGGGAGACCCUAACAGUUACAACUACAAGAAUGUGAACUUGUGGGAUAAGAAUUCCCAAGGGGGCCCAGCACCUCGAGAACCAAACCUGCCCACCCCAAUGACCGGAAAAUCAGCAUCAGUCUGGAGCAAAAGCACACCACCUGCUCCAGAUAAUGGGACUUCAGCUUGGGGUGAGCCGAAUGAAAGCAGUCCUGGGUGGGGCGAAAUGGAUGAUGCAGGAGCAUCGACCACGGGCUGGGGGAACACACCCGCCAACGCUCCCAAUGCCAUGAAACCCAAUUCCAAAUCUAUGCAAGACGGCUGGGGGGAGAGUGACGGGCCGGUCACAGGAACUCGCCAUCCCAGCUGGGAAGAGGAGGAGGAUGGAGGAGUCUGGAACACCGCCGGCUCUCAGGGAAGUGCUUCCUCCCACAACUCAGCAAGCUGGGGACAAGGAGGAAAGAAACAAAUGAAGUGCUCACUAAAAGGAGGAAACAAUGAUUCAUGGAUGAAUCCUCUUGCCAAACAGUUUUCAAAUAUGGGAUUGCUGAGUCAAAGUGAAGAUAAUCCAAGCAGCAAAAUGGAUUUGUCUGUAGAUAAGAAAUUUGAUGUGGACAAGCGAGCAAUGAAUCUCGGGGAUUUUAAUGAUAUCAUGAGGAAGGAUCGAUCUGGGUUCCGUCCACCUAAUUCCAAAGACAUGGGAACCACAGAUAGUGGGCCUUAUUUUGAGAAGCUGACUUUGCCUUUCUCCAAUCAAGAUGGGUGCCUUGGGGAUGAGGCUCCCUGCUCUCCCUUCUCCCCUACUCCCAGCUACAAGCUGUCUCCCUCUGGUUCCACACUACCCAACGUCAGCCUUGGAGCAAUCGGCACAGGGCUCAACCCCCAAAACUUCGCUGCUAGACAAGGCAGCAAUCAUGGUUUGUUUGGAAACAGCACAGCACAAUCGAGAGGUCUGCACACCCCAGUGCAGCCACUGAGUUCUUCUCCUAGUCUCCGGGCGCAAGUGCCUCCCCAGUUUAUCUCCCCCCAGGUUUCUGCCUCAAUGCUCAAGCAGUUUCCCAACAGUGGCCUGAAUCCAGGUCUUUUCAAUGUGGGGCCCCAGUUAUCUCCUCAACAAAUUGCCAUGCUGAGCCAGCUUCCACAGAUUCCCCAGUUUCAGUUGGCAUGUCAGCUUCUCCUGCAGCAGCAGCAGCAGCAGCAGCAGUUGCUCCAAAACCAGAGAAAGCUUUCACAAGCAGUGCGCCAGCAGCAAGAGCAGCAGUUGGCUCGAAUGGUGAGUGCUCUUCAGCAGCAGCAGCAACAGCAGCAGCAGCAGCAGCAGCGACAGACUAGCAUGAAGCAUUCACCGUCCCAUCCUGUUGGGCCCAAGCCACAUCUGGACAACAUGGUACCCAACGCACUGAAUGUGGGGCUCCCAGACCUCCAGGCCAAAGGGCCAAUCCCUGGAUAUGGUUCUGGCUUCAGUUCUGGCAGCAUGGACUACGGCAUGGUUGGUGGGAAGGAGGCGGGGACUGAGUCUCGCUUCAAGCAGUGGACCUCCAUGAUGGAAGGGCUGCCCUCUGUGGCCACGCAGGACGCCAGCAUGCACAAAAAUGGCGCUAUAGUGGCCCCUGGUAAGACCCGAGGAGGGUCACCGUACAACCAGUUUGAUAUCAUCCCUGGUGACACACUGGGCGGUCAUACGGGUCCUGCUGGUGAUAGCUGGUUACCUGCCAAAUCUCCACCAACAAAUAAAAUCGGAAGUAAAUCCAGCAAUGCCAGUUGGCCUCCAGAAUUCCAACCAGGAGUGCCAUGGAAAGGUAUCCAAAACAUUGACCCUGAAUCUGACCCCUAUGUCACCCCAGGAAGUGUGCUGGGGGGUACAGCCACAUCUCCCAUUGUAGAUACUGACCACCAACUGCUGCGGGAUAACACCACAGGGUCUAAUUCUUCCCUCAACACCUCGCUGCCUUCACCUGGUGCCUGGCCCUACAGUGCCUCUGAUAACUCCUUUACCAACGUUCAUAGCACUUCAGCAAAGUUCCCCGAUUACAAAUCUACGUGGUCCCCAGAUCCCAUAGGACACAAUCCCACUCAUCUCUCCAACAAGAUGUGGAAAAACCACAUUUCCUCCAGGAACACUACACCGCUGCCCCGCCCACCUCCUGGCCUGACUAACCCCAAACCGGCGUCUCCCUGGAGCAGCACAGCACCCCGAUCCGUCAGGGGGUGGGGGACACAGGACUCUCGGCUUGCCUCAGCCUCUACCUGGAGUGAUGGUGGCUCAGUUCGUCCUAGUUACUGGCUGGUUCUUCACAAUCUCACUCCACAGAUUGAUGGGUCAACCUUGAGAACGAUCUGCAUGCAGCAUGGUCCACUGCUGACAUUCCAUCUGAAUCUAACCCAGGGCACUGCCCUGAUCCGAUACAGCACCAAACAGGAGGCAGCCAAGGCCCAGACUGCACUGCACAUGUGUGUAUUGGGAAACACUACCAUCCUGGCUGAGUUUGCCACUGAUGAUGAAGUUAGCCGCUUUCUGGCACAAGCUCAGCCCCCUACACCUGCAGCGACCCCAAGUGCACCGGCCGCAGGGUGGCAGUCGUUGGAGACCGGCCAGAACCAGUCAGACCCCGUCGGACCUGCGCUGAACCUUUUCGGUGGGUCCACUGGGCUCGGGCAAUGGAGCAGCAGUGCUGGUGGCAGCAGCGGGGCUGAUCUUGCUGGCGCUUCGUUGUGGGGGCCCCCAAACUAUUCUUCUAGCUUGUGGGGAGUCCCAACUGUGGAAGAUCCCCAUAGGAUGGGUAGCCCUGCUCCUUUACUACCUGGUGACCUUCUGGGAGGAGGGUCGGAUUCAAUCUGAACUUAGAACUUUCAACUCUGACCUCGUGACCUUUUUUGGAACAGCAGCAGCACUAACUUGACCUUUUCGUUUUUUUUUUCAACUUGCAAUAAAUACAUUUUUAAAAGGAAAAAAGAAAACGGAGAGAGAAAAAAAGGUGGGUCAUUGCAGACUGUCUGAGCACAUAGUUGCCUCCCUUAUAACUUCAGUUUUUUCGUUUGGAAUAUGAAUCCAAAAAGAGAACAUAUCACUCUUGAAAUACUUGAAUCAUGAACGCCAACCUAGAAAGACAAUGUGAAGCAAGUACACAUACCAUUUAAAUUUAAACACAAAAAAAUUAAAAAAAUUAGUUUCUAGUUUUUCACUUUUUCAUGUUAUAUGGAAGUUGUUGCUAAGAAACAUAUAUACUGAAAAAAAAUAGCUUUUUAACUUUGUUUGCACUGGGUGUGUUUCCGUCCUUAGGUCUACCAUGUUUGGGAGGGAGGGAAAUUCAAAAGAAUUGUUGGGGGAGGGGGGAGGGAAGACUUGACGGAGCCUCACUUUAAAAACAAAAACACAAAAAACCUAAAAAAAAAAAAAAAAAAAAAGGAAAAAUUUGUGAUUGGCUGGUUGAUAAAUACCAGUGUGUUCUGGCACAUGUAACUGCCCAGGCAUGCUCGUUCUGGUAUGUGUGUGCACGUGUGUUCAUGUGCAUCCGCGUGCAUCCUCCUCUGUCUCUGUGUGUGUGCCUGCGUCCCACCCUCCUCCUCCCACCCCACCCUGAUUCUCAGAAAGCUGCAUUGCUGACAGUCCACAGGCUGGCUGGCCGGCCAUCUGCUGCUUUUUUUUUUUUUUUAACUAUGAGAACACACAAACAUGGGGAGCCACUGCGACUCCACCCACUCCGUUGGGCUGCACCGAAUCAAAGAGUGCUUUUUAAUGAUUAACACAGGGAGCUCCUUUGCACUUGUGCAUCAGCCUGAGUGUGAGGUUCUCUAGCUUUUCUCUUGACCUAGCAGUAGAGCGGAGCACUGCCAACCCCAAGAAUCGGAGAGCAGGAGAUACCUCUCGGAGCAACUGUGUGUUACUUUCUGUUUUUCAAAGUGAAUGGUCGAUACGGCACGUCUGAGUACCUAAGUUCCAUGCAGGCCUUUUUGUUAGUUUGAAUGGGAACAGAAGGUGAGAUAGUUUUUAAAUUAUGUGAUGUCUCAAAAGCAGAAAAGAUAUGUUCCCUUUCCUGUGUGAUCAGGUGUGAGAUAGUUGUCCAAAAAAAAAAAAAUCAGGUAAUGCCGAAUUAAAUUUCUAUUCUCAUGUUCGUUUGAUGGAAACAAAGUUGUGACCAGCCUCCUGGAAGCAUCGCAGCUUCUCCCUCUCUGCUCCUCUCUCGCCGAGCGUUACCUGUGCCAGGCCGUGGCGUGUUACAGCACCAGGCCAUCACUGACAGAGACGUUUACUUAACGAAUGUUCUUAAACCAGUGUGUACUUCAAGCGUUUCCCUUUGUUUCUCUGUGUUGUGUAUUUCCUGUGUAUGUGGUUUUGCUUAGGCAGGAUAACUUAGCAAAGACUUUUUAAGUAUUGCACCUUUUUUGGUUUUGACCUCUUUUUUUUUUUUCCUUGUAAUGUUGCUUUUUUAUUUCGGUAUUUAAAGACUUAAUUUUUUAAGCAUCGAUGUAGUAGUACUCUGGGCCGAACAGGAGGCAACGUUUAAUCCACAGUUAUCACCAACAUGUAUGUAUGAUGUUGGAUUCAAAAUGUAUAAAACUGCUUAUUGUGAAGAGAGUGACAGAAGACCUGAAGGGGUUUCCCUUCAUACAAAGCAGAUGGUGGGGUGGGCGGGUGGGGGAGGGGGAUUGUGCCGGUGACCUGCUAGCACUUGUGUGGACGUCCCAGUCUGCAUCAUACUGUUCAACAUAAAGUGCCGACAUUCUGUACCAGCAAAUACCUGCCCAUUCCAGCCCUUGGUGGGAGCAGACCUCUACUGUCCUCCGUAACUUGCUGCUAUUGAGGACAGGGGAGUUUUUCUUUCUUUAGCAUCUUCAGUGAAGGAUACAACAAUGCCUAAUGUAUUUUUUCAGCUUGUGUUUGUGUGUAGGUGGGUGGAUGGUUGUGUAUAGGAAAAAGGUAAAAAAAAAAAAAAAAAAAACCUGAAUUAUUUGCAUGUAAGUGGUUUUGUGAGAUAAAGAAUGGGAAAUUCUAUGGUCCUCUUCUUGGCUUACCCUGUUGAUGACAAACCUAGCCUCAAAAGAGAUUGACAAGCAUAAUUCAAGUGAGCGCUUGCACUUGCCAGUCUUCGGAAGCCCAUUGUGGGUGGGUAAUCAAAUUGGAGUUUGCAGUGCUGGUCUGGUCCCGCGGAUGCCUUGUCCAAACUGACUGUGCCCUCCUCCUCCUCUCCGGUUUUCAUCACCACCGUGCCCCCCCACCUCUGCCCCUAUUUGAUGUCUUCUUCCAGCCCCACUGACCACUCUGCCUUGCAGCAGAGCCCCGUUGUGUGUGGUGACCUCCAUGGGGAAGUGCAGCUUGUGUUCAGACAUCCACAGACAGAAGGCUUUGAUCUUAGUGUCCCCAGGCCCAGAGCCCAUCCCAAGGCUCCUGCAAGCCGCUGGGGACUGUCCACUGCCGCUCUUGGUUCACGGCUGUGUCCUGCCCUGCCCUCCUCUCCUCCUGCCUGUUGGGUCCUUGACCUGCGCUAUGGCUUAGUUGAGUUCCUUACGAUACUACGGUGAAAGCCGGGUGCUAGAGCCCCUCUUGUUUACAAGACAUAAAUGAGGGAUUUGAAAUAUGUAAAAAUAAAUACGAGAAGCUAAAAUGUUCUUCCAUCAUAAGCUUAAAGGGAAAAAAACUGAAAACUUAAAAAAAGACCAAAAAGUGCGUAUAUAUAUAUAUAUAUACACAUAUAAAUAUAUAUUUUAGAUGAAGACUAACUCUGGGAGCAUUUAACAGUGUUUUUUGUUUUUGUUUUUAACAUUUAUUUUCCUGCUUUAAAAUUUGCAAGCAUUCUCAGGAAUUCUAGGGUAGGAAGCCAGUUUUUUGAAGAUGGUUUAUUUAACUGUAUCUUAUCCUAGAUAGACUUGGCUGUUUCUUUCCUGUUAAUAAACUUUUACAAGUUCCUGAAACUUCAAAAAGUUUAGGCAAUUUUUACUUAAAAAACAUGUAAAAAGAAAAGUCUCCAAAUGUCAUACUGGGGAUCACACAUUUUAAAACACGUAGAAAUAUUUUUUAAAAAUUAUUAAUUUAGCAGCAACAGGUAAAUUCAUUAUCUAAAAAAAAAAAUGGGAGAAGGAUCAAGCUUUCAGAGAGCUCUAUCAUGACUCAUUGGAAAUUGUGUAAUUGAAUGAAUGGGGGAGCAUUUGGUAUACACACCUGGGAAGGCACCACGGUGUUCCUUUCCAUGUAAGACUAAACUAAACUCUCCCCUCGCCACUUUUAUUUUUUUAACGGAAACCCUUCUCCCCCAGCCCCAGUGACAAAAGAACGGAAUAAAGAAAGAAACAACAGCUUAAAACAAAAAGAGUAACUCUAAUCUGUAAAAUAGUACGGUUGGAUUGCUGAGAAUCUAUGUAAAGUUAGGAAAUAUAGGUUAAUAAUUUUUGGAACAAAUUUUAAAUAUAGGCAUUACUAGAGGAAAAUUAUCUAUGGACUGUUCUGUUAAUGAAGAAUGUCUGUCUUACUCCCUGUGUUAUGGAAGGAGGAAAAUGUAGAAGAAUCUAAUGAGGAACAAAUGAUUUUACUUUUUUAGCUCCCAGCUACUAUUGUGCUUGUUUUAAUUGCUGUUUUGAAGAUCUGCUGCUUAAUUGUCCCCAUCCCUCCGGGGAAAGAUGUGGAGUGUUUCCUUUCAGUUUUGGUGAUGUUGAAUUCUCCUUUUGUAUUCCCUCCUGGGGCCAGGGGUCAGAAUUCCUAAACAUGACCACAGCUUCUUUCAAACGUUAAGCUUCCCAGUGGGAAAGAAACUCCAGCUCCACAGGUAAAGGGAGUGGGUGGGGUUGCUGCCUGCAAUUUCUCUAAAACCGCUUUAGUGCCUUCACACAUACACCCAGACAUCCUGAGCAAGGGGACGCGUGUGUAUGUGCAUGUAGUCCGGUCACUCCGCAGCUGGUAAGACACUGGCCCGUAAAGGAAAUAGGAGUGAUCCUGGACAGGCCCCAAAGGCAGUGGGCUAAAUUAAAACAAAUAAAAAUCAAGGAAAAUACGCUUUUAUGUCUUGAUAAUGUGGAAUGCCAAGUUCCUUCCUUGCGUUGUGUGCCCUCAGUUACCAUGCUCUGAGUUAUCCAGGUAUGUAAUGGUGACAGCUCCAGGGACUGGAAAGUCUCUUGGUACUGGGCCAGUGGAAGGAGGUUCCUAUUUUUCUGCUCCUGUCCUCUGUCUCCUCCUCCCCUUCCCCCUUGUGUCAACUUGCUGGAAGGUUUGCUUUACUGGUUGGCAGUGACCUAAGAACAGGUGAGGGUAACUUGGAAGAGGAAAGCUCUUUCUUUCCAUGGUAUUCUUUGGCAAGAGCCAUGUUUACCCUGAAGUUAGGUAACUUCAGAACACUCAGCUAAGUCAGUGGGAGCGUCCUCUUAUCCACCACAUAUGUGGAGGAUACGUGGUCCCACGUAUGCUGGUCACCCUCAUUACACAGACUUACUCUGUACACAUUUUGAACAUGUAUGUGUGAGCUUUCCAUUUUUGUACUAGUUCUUUUAUUUUUAAACACAUGAUUACUAGUGGCUAGAACUGUGCAUAUCUCUUAAACAUCACAAACUUAGUGUCUACCACAUGAGUAGCCAAAAGAUGAUGCAGGAGUAGGGAAAGGGAUGUCUUUGUCAGGCAGGGGGCCUCUGCUGCCAGCGAGACCCAGCACCAUCGCUUCACUUUUAAGUAUUGAACAAAGCUCUGGUCUUUAAGACACUGUCAAGAAGUAGAUGGUCUGUGUAGCAUCUCUGACCCCUUAUCCCUAACCCUUGAAAUUCUCCAUGUACAACACUCACAAGAGUGAACUUAGCAGUGCUGAAGUUAAGAUUCCAAAUCAUGCUUUCAGGCCCCAGCACCACCAAAAAAUAAAUUCUAAACCAAAUGCUUUCAUCAGUGCCCUCCCCCAAUAAAGCAACAUCCAUUUCUUGCCAUUCAGUUAGUUUUACUCAAAACAGCUUGCCGUUCAACUGCUCCUAUGGCUUCUGUUCUAAGGAUUUUCCCAGCUCUUCUGACACGAAUGUAACAUGUUAGCAGUCAGUUCUCCUAAACUUCUGCAUGUUGAAUGUUGUAUGUAAGAUAUGCAAAGGGGAAAAAGAAAGAAGAGGGAGUUCUUGGAUACAAAUUUGGAAGCGCCUUUAUUAACGUAUCUACCAGAAACUAAGAGUUCAUGGGCUAUUAACUCGCUACAAAUAGUCAUUCAUCCUUUUACCCUUUUCUUGGAGGGGGUACAGUUUUUGUAGGGUUAAUACCCAGAUUCCAUUUUGACCUCAAAUGCUGUGUGUGUUUUAAUUUUUUAUAUUCUGAUGUCUUGACUCUCCUUUUAGUGUUUGUGUACUGAGCAAAGUGCAGAAGCCAAGCCUGUUGUCCUCUGCAGUGUAAACAGGAUGUUUUCAACAGACUUGGCUGUAAUAGCCAUCUCUAAGAUAAGGGCACAAGUGUUUUUGUAGAAAAAGUCUCAUUCUUCCCCAUUCCCAGAGUUCAAAUUCAGCAUACAAAGCUUUGUUUGGGGUUUGAGUAUUUUAUUUGAAGCAUCUAUAAGGUCUUCAACUAGGAGUAGAGAUAUAUUUUUAGCUGGUCAAAAGAAAAAAAAUCAUACUUCUCCAGUGUUGCCAAGUUUUGUCACAUUUCAUGUCUAUGCAUUAACUACACUUCUUAGUGUUACUACAAAAAGAAAGAAAUCUUAUUCCGUGGUUUUGUUUUUCCUUCUGUGAAUGUACAUCCAAGGCCAUAUACUGUAUAAGGUAGAAGAAGCUGUUCUACUUUCUAUACAGUGAACUGUCCAUCUUUAGAGCCCAUUCAGAACGUAGGGUACCCUAACCCCCUGCUGCACACCACACCAUACCCCUUGGCUUCUUCACCUACAAGGACAAGGUAUCAGCACAGUCUAGAAAUAGACAAGGAUACAGAAUGCUUUCAAGGAUGUCAGCAACGAAACUCAGAAUAUUAUCUAUGUUUCCAGAGUUUUUUUGUUGUGUUUUCUAUGGUUUGGUUUUGGUUUUGGAUACCGGGAAUCAAACUCAGGACCUUGCACUUGCCAGGCUGAGCUAUAUCCCCGGCUAUUUCCCAGAGUUGGUGCACACCCUGUAGUAUGGUCUGUAGUUUUAUGGGCUAUGCCAAAGGUGUUUAUAUGUUCACAGGUAGUCUCCAUUUGUGAAUGAUAGUAGUUUCUUCUUUUUUUUCCUUGACCUUAAAUUUCACAAAGGGGGUGAUAGUAUCCCAUCCUUUAGAUUUGAAAUAAUUGUCAGCUGCAAGAAUUCUAAACAUAAUGAUAACUUAAUAAAAAUUGAACAUCAGCCUUCCCUAAACUACCCACAGUACCUCUGCACCCUCCACCCCAUGCUGUCAAAGAAUGAGGACAGGAACAUCUAAGGAUAGUAAAGGAGGGACACUGGUCAGGGAGUGGAGAGCUACUCCCCACCACUCAGCAUGCAUGCUACCCAUGUGUGUGGUCAGUCAGAUGAAAUCCUCAGCCAUUGUGAAAUAUUCAUAAUACCUAAGUAGUGUUUAAACUGCCAGUCUCACGUUGUAACCUACUAGCACCCCAAAAAAGGAGCAAAGUGAUAGAAACUGCCAGUGUUUGCCUCACAGAAUUUAAAUAGUUCCUUUGUCACAGGUGUACAGCUGAAACUGCAUGCUAGGAAAAUGGUACUGCCCUGACCAAAGGGCCUUGGCUAAGCUCAGUCAUUGAUUCUUUAUUGUGACAAAUGCUUGUCUUUUUGAAGGAGGGGAAAAGUCAAGUAAAAUACACAGGAAAGAAGUGUUCUGUUUUAAAUAAAAAAGAAAGAGUGUUCCCCCUAAAACACUGUGUGCCUCAACUCAGUUUUCAAACUAUGAGUCACUGCUUUGGAAGUAAGUUCCCAACUGGAAUUGACAAAUUUCCAGCCAGCAUCAGUAAGUUAAGAUAGUUUUUCAAAACGGGAGAUUGUUCCUUGCUGCUUUUCUUUUACUUCCCUUCCCAGGCUUCCUGGACUUCCUGGCGAAUGGGGUGUUCAUUUUCCUUGGGCCACUGCGAGUAUACCCCACUGGUAGAGACGGUUCAGAAAGUGACUUAGGCAAGAUGAGCAGUGUCUCUGCAGAACUGGCCUGACCGCGGGGCUUUACGGAGACAAGAAUGACAGAGCCUAAGUAUGCUGGCCAGAAAUGAAAAAGGGGGUGUUUUUGCAAAACAAACAACAUUGAGAACCCCUCGAGAAGUCACAUACCUUAUAAACGUAGAAUGAUUUUUUUCAUCAAGUGGUAGAUACAUUUUUAGCAUGCUACUUCUUGCCAGAAAUUCCAAGUCAGAAUAAAUGUGUUCAAAACACCACCCCCAAGCUCCUUCUUAAUUUUGUCCAAGGACUCUCUUGAGCGUAGUACUUCUGAAUGUGCCUUUGUGAGUAUGGAGACCAUCUGUCAUAGGGAAAGAUUGCCCCUUGUGGUGAAAACGGAAAGAUGGGCACCUUAGCUUUCAGCAGGCAGAGUUCCACUGGGUGCCCAGGGGGAGCUGUGGGAUUUUCAUUCACAUCAAUGUUGCACAGUGUUGUUGUGUGGAAGAGAUUCUGGGACAUAGUAAACGAGGCAAAGGUUGCACAAAUGACAGAGGCCCAGGUUAGGCCAAGAGCGCGGGUUGGCUUCUGCAGCCGCACUCCUUGGUUUUCUUUGUAUGUGUGCACGUGUGGCUGUUCGGUCUUUUGUUUUUGUGUAAUCACUGGAGAUCGGAAUAGGAUGAGAUUUGUGGCACAUUCAAGCAUGUAGAGCACGCAUUUUCUGGCUUCAGCCUGGCUCUGUCCUUUCGGUUUACAUCCUGAGAAAAGCUGUUGUUUCCCAAGUGGAAGUCACACCUUGUUGCUAUUCAUGCUAACAAGGUAUCACACACAAGGAAGAAGUCUUUGAGAGUUGAGAUUUUAAGUGAGAAGGGAAAGAGGAAAAUCCAAAAUCAUGUUUUAUCUCAUCAGAACUAUUGUAGUUAAAUGUGGAAAUCUGCAGUGUCUCCUAAUCUGUUUUGGUGUUUGUUCUCCAUGAUUCCUCCUCUUCUCCUCACUCCCCAUGUCCUGAAGAAACAGCAAGUGAAUACUGAGGGCCAUUCGCACAGAUUCCUCAGAACUCCCCAGUUCCACAGAUCCCUCAGAGUUCUCACUCGAGAUCCCUUCAGCCUUGUGAGGGUGACACGGAGGAGGGUGCUGCACUUCCUGUGUUCCGCUCAUUCCCCUCUGAUGGCCUUGAAAUAUAUCAUUAUGCAAAUGUGAAUUUUGAUACUGAACUUAAGAAGAGGGUGUUGGAUUUUUUUUUUCUUUUUUCAAACAAAAGGUCCAUAUGUGGUCAUCAUUGCUUCAUUUUGUAACGUGAAUUGUAACUAUGCAUUCUACAAGGGGGGAGGGCAAAGGGGAAGGAAGUGGCUUUGCAUCCUUGUUCUCCGGUUUCUGUGUCCAUGGUAUCCGUGUGUCCAGGAGGGGAAGGGGAAUGAGAGAAGAUGCACUAACGUCAUCACAGAGUGAGGUUGAAAGAGACCCCUGAGGCCUCGUGCAAUGGCUCACAGGUCUGAAAGCCGGGCACAUUCCGGGGGUCUGCAGCUCCUGUCCACUGAUCAGGUACAGGAGUCUUGAUCCUAGCCGUGCAGUGUUAAUCCAGGGCAACAGUGGGACCCCAAAGGCUCCAGUGUUCUCUGGACAAAAGUACUCAUCCUUUCCUGAAUUCAGAACUUUUGCAAGCUCAGGAAACCAUGCCUCACUCAUGCUGACAUUAAUCUUUAUGUCAGUUUCAAAGACUUCUCCUCUCCUCUCCUCUACUUUCCUCUCCUCUUCCUUUUUUUUUAAUCAUUGUUCAGUGAAUUUAGGUGAGAAAAUUAUUCUGCUCUAUGGAGAAGAGGGCUAUUGCUUGACAGGCAAAAAGGCAUUCUCUCUCACUUGCUAUCCCCCCAGCCAAAUGCAAUGUCUCUGCUUCCUUUGCAUUCACUACACUGUACAUAGCUGGGGAGCAGUGAAGUUCUGACACAGGAAAGGCCUACAUUCAUCCUCUCCAUUCUGACAAUUCCUUUGUUGUUCUUGCCUGUGACACAUCGUAGCAUAGCUCUGCUCUAGGCAUUUUUUGCAACACAGUAUGGUAAGCAAAAGAUUGUGGCCUGUAUUCAGUGUUUUCCACGCAGCAAUUUUUGUUGUUGAUGUUCACAGUACUGUAAUGAGUAACCAGACUUGAUCACAGUCUUCUGUGCCUGUGCAGGACUGCACAGGCAUGAUCUUAUCAGGGUUCCAAUCUGUUAGAUUGCCUUUUAACAAAAAGCAAAACAAAAAAACUCCAGACGUUUCAACUAACACAAAACUAUACCUCGAGGUACAUUUAUUUCCCCUGCAAUGUAAACCCUUAAUUCCUGUUUCCUUUCUGACAUUGAUAGGUUAUCCUUUAUAAGAUACGAACAUGUAAAUAGCAGGAUAACUUCUAAAACAUUUUCUUUGCUGUGAAAGUAGUCCUAAAAUAUGAUAUAUUCCAUAUUAAGCCAUCAGAAGUUUCAAAUCUGAAUUCUUUCAUGUUUAAGAAGAAAAGGCAGAGCAAGUCAGUGGGGUGGAUUUGCAUCUGAGCUAGAGCUGUUCUCUGGCCCUGCACACAGUGACCGCAGACCAGUGUCUGAGUCCUGUCCUAGCUAGGUGCCAUCUAUUCCAGAAUCCUAGUUCUGGGGUGGGGAAUGUCUGAAUUUCUCUCUUCCAGAAGAUCAGUCCUCUACAGGGACUCCAGGAGGUUUUCUAUAUGAGACCUUGAGCUCUUCCCUGUCUUGGUAUACUCUUUCUCUCUCUCUCUCCCUCUCUCCCUCCCUCCUUCUCUCUCUCUCUCUAUCAUUCUGAAGUUCACCCCGGGAUUUAGUCCCUGUCAUUUCAAUGUACGCUGCAGAAUUUAUGGCCUUGUUGUAUUAUGACGCUCUGGAAAUGUUCUGAUUUCUUACUUUGAAGGAAACUCUCAUCUAAGGAGACAUGCAAACAAUCCUGAAAGCGGCAUUGCAUCCUCAGAUCUUCCUCUCUGCGUGAGGCUUAAGGCUGACUUUAGUAGAGGGAAAUAAUUUAACACAUGCUGCUCAGAGGGCUCUGUCAGCUGCUGCCCUUCCUAGAUUUGAGCUCCCAUGAGGCAGGGUUGGAAUAGAUCAUCUUGAGUAGCUUCUUUACAAAAACCCCCUUUUGCCCCACUUUAUGUAUACCUAUCAAGAAGCCCUUUGGGUGUGAUCUCGCUGAUCUUGUAUAGUGACGACUUCCUUUGAGGGAAGAAACUCGAUUAUAAGUGCAUGCACAUUAUCUGCCCACCUUCUGAUUUGGGCACUGUUGACUUAGGAUUUUACUUCUGUUGUUUAUCUGGAGGCUCUUGUCCUAUCAGUGUCCUUCCUCUGAUUCCCGUGGGCUCUGCCUGCCCCUGUAUCCCUCUCUGAUGCUCCCAAAGGGCUCUGCUGAUCUCUGCACCUCUUUCCUGGGACGUACCCCCCACUACCACCUUUUGCACACACCAGUGACCAAAGUGUUUGCAGUGGUCUCACAGAAGACAUCAAAAUGGUGCACGCACCUCGAAUGUGCUCUGAGACACGUGCACAAGAUUCUGUACCCAUGGCCUUAAUCUCAGCACGAUUUAAGGUGCAGGAACAUUUUUAACAGGUUUUAAAAAAAAAACCUUCUGGGAGGGAAAAAGCAGAUACAACAGCUCAACUGUGCCCACUCCUAACUGUCCACUCUCGCUUACACCUUCAUGCUGUGCGCCCACCCAUCCCAUCUGUGUUCUGCAUAACCAAAAACUGACUACAAAAGCAACCUGAGGAGAGGUUUCUGGACUAUUUUAUCUUUCUCCCUUUCGAUGGAGAUAUAAAUGCUGCUUUGGGUUCCAUAAUCCUAGGGGGCUAUGUUUACAUAGUGAAAUACAUCCUACCAAAUCAGGAAACAGUGGAUAGCAGGACUCACUUCAGUGAGCGAGCAGUCACCUGGGGGCAUGGCUGAGGGGGAGAGGCAGAAAAGUACUUUUUAAUUCCUUGUGACACAUGACCCCCAUUCUCCUCUCUUCCUCCCUCUGUGGCUCUCCUUGCCCCCUUUAAACAGAAGGUGCAGAGAAGGGCAUCAAAAGAAGGCUGGAUUUUUCAGAGGCAGCUUUCCAACUUUGCACACAAAGAGGUAACGGAAGGUACAGCAAAAAUCCUCUCAUCUGAAACACUGUCAGCAGAAACAAAACCUGUCGAAAGGACUUAAACAGCUGCACAUAUUGAUGCUCUCUGCAAGUUACCUAUAAGUGUUUUGUUUUUCUUAUACUUGAAAUAGCUUUUACAAUAUUAUUUUGAUGGCUUUCUUUUCUCUCUUCUGAUGGGCAAUAGAGAAAGUGGAUGAUGAGGUUUAAGGACACUCAAGGGGAGAAAAGAGAAGAUGUGGCAUUGUCUGUUUUGUUUUUUUUUUUUAAACAUAGAGAUUUAAUCAAACUCCCGUAUGUUGAAAUUGCUCCUCAUAUUACUGGUUUUACAUGGACACAGAAACUAGGCACUUUAGAGGUGCACUUGCACGGCAGGCUGGGCCCCCCUUUUCUAUAUUUUAUUUUACUUUUUUAGUAUAGUGGUACUUAAAAUCACUGGUUCACUUAAAAAAACAAACAAUAAAAUGUUAAACUCUACUAAUGUACAAAUAAGCUGAAAAGUUGCAUUUUAUGUGUAUUUUUUGCCAUAGCAGGUACUGUAUUUCUCAUGCUGGAUUUCAAAAAAUAUAUAUAUAUCAAAAACAAACAAAAAAAACUGAAGGGUGGUGUUUUAUUGGAUUGUGACAGGUCGAGUAAUAAGGAAUUAAGUCGCCGUCAUUUCAUGAAAAACUGAGCGAUGAUGUCAUACAUAUAAGUUUCCUGAAGGGUUUUUUUGGGCUUUUAAAAAACAGCUUAUUUUUGUUUUUGUUUAGUUUUUUAUUUUAUUUUAUUUUGAAAAGAUAUGAUUGUAUUAUGUGCAACUCAGUUGCUUACAUUAUAACUACAAAAUAUUUUGGGUUUCUGGAAAAAAAAGAAAACAGACUAAUAAAUGUGUUUGGCUGCUAAGCA